AUGUCAGGACGUGGAAAAAAGGUUGUCGCUGCGAAAACCAAGUCCUCCGUGUCCCGCUCAGCUAGGGCCGGUCUGCAGUUCCCUGUGGGAAGGAUAGCCCGUCUCUUGAGGAAGGGAAACUAUGCAAGCCGCAUUGGCAACGGUGCAGCCGUGUAUCUCACAGCUAUUUUGGAAUACCUGUGUGCUGAGGUGUUGGAACUGGCAGGCAAUGCCAGUCGAGACAACAAAAAGCUCCGUAUCGCACCCCGGCAUAUCCAGCUUGCGGUGAGGAACGACGAAGAGCUAAACUUGCUUUUGGGUGGUGUGACCAUCUCUGAAGGAGGUGUUCUUCCCAACAUCCAAGCACAGCUGCUUCCGAAGAAGACGAAGAUGUCGCGCGACGAUAGCAGCAAAGAUGUUCAGUCGCAAGAAUUUUAA